AUGGCCGUCAAGACGUACACAUGGAUCUCUCUAUGGUUUCUUCUGACUGCGCCUGUGAUCAUCUGGGACGCGGGGUACUGCUUCGCACGUCCGCGCUCGUUCGUCGGAGGUGAUUUGCAUUGGAUAUGGGAGCCGUACGGGCUGUAUCAGAAUGUUGACUACGUAUACGGUCUCCCUGCAUUCGAACGCGGAGAUGGGUUCACGAACGCACAAUCAUUCCUGAACAUCGUAGAGACGAUCCUAAACCUCUUCUACCUCUACCUCGCGCACAUCCGUGCAUCGCCCAUCGCCACCGUCGUAGGCUUCGCAUCCAUCAUCAUGACGCUCUCCAAGACGGUGCUGUACUGGCUGCAAGAGUUCUUCUGCGGAGGAUGUGCGGUCGGGCAUAAUUCGAUGAAGGAUCUGCUUCUUCUUUGGGUGCUGCCGAAUGGACUUUGGAUCGUUGUGCCGUCGGCGAUCGUGUACGUGCUGGGGAGGGAUAUCGCGCGGUCUGUGACCGUGGCGUCAAGGUUGGAAGAGAAGCAGAAGAAGCGGUAG